AUACAUGAUGAUUAAAAAUGUUUGCGUGCGUUUAAUGAUUUAACUAAAAUCAUUAGUAGUAGUUUGAGGAGAAGUCUUCAAACACAAAAGGUCUUAUCUCCGUAGCUUAAGCAUCUAAUUAACGUCCGCGCACAACACGUUUUUGAGCGUUGUGUUGUUUAAAACCGGGUCAUAAAAUGAAAGCUAGUCAGUUGGUAUCGCGGCGUGGGUGACGAUGGACUUCAACAACAAAGUUAUCGUGAUCACCGGCGCGAGUUCCGGCAUUGGCGCAGCUGCCGCCCUAUUGUACGCCAAGCAGUCUGCCAAAGUUGUCUUAGUUGGGAGAAAUGAAGAAUCUUUGAACAAAGUUGCGAAACAAUGUGAAGAUACAAAAGGAUUUAAACCUCUAGUUAUCAAGGCGGAGUUGGCUAACGACAAUGAUGUACAAAGUAUUGUCUCAAAGACAAUCGAAGAAUUUGGCCAUAUCGAUGUCCUGGUGAACAACGCUGGAGUUGGGACCCGAGGCAGUAUUUUCGACGGUGUGGAGUUACUUGACCGAGCCAUCGCAACUAAUUUGCGUGCAGUGUACCAUCUGACAAGUUUAGCAGCACCACAUCUCAUCAAAACAAAGGGGAACAUUGUCAAUGUUUCAAGCGUGGCAGCUUUACGGCCGAUCAAGGACGUGGAUUACUUGCCAUACUGUGUUUCAAAAGCGGCUCUCGACCAAUUUACGAGAUGUGUUGCUUUGGAGCUGGGACGGCACGGCGUGCGAGUGAACUCUGUCAACCCGGGCGGUACCCGGACUCCAUUUGCCGAAACAGCUGGAUUUUCUAAACAAGAAGUUUCCGAGUUAUACAAAAACCGUAACGAGUCCUAUCCGCUUGGCAAAAUGGCGGAAAGUGAGGAGGUCGCUGACCUGAUUCUUUAUCUAUCGAGCGAUCGCGCGCGCAGUAUCACGGGUAGUAUUUACGUUAUAGAUAACGGCGAAAUAUUGGUGUGAUGUUAUUUAUUAUGCACAAGUUCCAAGCUAAUAUUUAUUUAAAAUUGGCCGUGUUUGCCUUCAUUGUUGUGUAAACAGGCGUAGCUUCAUAGUAGUAGCUGGUACGUGUGUGAAAAUACAUUACUACGUCGUAUACGGGAUGUGACAUCACAAGUAAAUAAAAACGGUCUUCUAAGGCUUACACACGACAAACUAUUUCCUGAUUUUAUUUUACUUACUACAAAAAUAAACUAACCUUUGUAAGCAGGCCAUAUACUACGGCGAACAAGAACGUAGUACGUGUAAGAAAGGAUAUAGGGGCUAAAGCUAACAUAAACAGUGAAGCAGAAUGUGUGCGACGCAAAGCAAAACUUAUGGUCAACGCAAAUGAGGACUUUGGAAUUGAUACACAGAGGAUGUGGGAACAUUAAACUGAUGAACGAGCUAAGUUAAAGGUAGUAUAAAUGGUCCUUAGCCAGCUAGGAAUGGUAGGUUUAUCAUUGUAGACGGUAAUGUACAGCAGGCAUAUUGUUUACUUAACUGUGUUGUGCCUAAACAUUACCUAUUGUCCCUGGUGUUUAUAUCCUCGUAAAAUUGCUGAGAUAUUCUGCGGGACUGAGCAAUCGUAUUUAUGAACUAUAAUUUUUGGUUAUUGUUUUAGUUGUAGAGUAAGUUGUGUUAUCUGUGUCGUGCCAUUCUAAGGGCGUUGUUGUAAAGUUAGUGUUAUAAUUUUGGUAGACAAUGGAAAGAGAUAAGAAAUAACAACGAUAUUCAUAAAAUGCUAUAAAUAAGAACAAUGUUAACUAUGAAUUAUGUUUCGAAUAAAUGAAAAUGGAACAA